AUGAAGAUACCCGUCUCCGCCCUGCUGGCGAUAUCUACGCUCUUUAGCUCUUCCACAUUAGCUGCAACCCCCAAGCCCUCGCGAAGAGAUGCCUUAAAAUCAUGGGACUCUGUUCAAGCACGACAUCUCUCUCCAGCAUACCCUCAUGGUGGUCUUCAAAAACGCCAGUCUGGCAGAAUACUACGAAAUGAAGCCAAUCUUGAUUUUGUUGACCACACUGCUCAUGUCACUGCCGACUCAAACCAACCGGUACUUUACACGACUUUAAACGUGCGAAGCAACCAUCCAGUUCUCUCGCUGGAGGACCUGGAGAUUGGGCUCACAGAUGUUACCUGCUCCGACGGAAUGAUCAAGCUGACAUUCAGCUCUCCACACUACAUGGAGCAGGUUGCCAAAGAACUUGCUAGCACUGAGGAUUUUGUUGCUAUUUCUUCGCACUGGGGAUGUAACCAAGAAGAGGAGAGGGCACCACAUAUUAUUAAUGGAGAUGUAGUUUUAUCAACAGGCUCAUUCUCAAUGAAUCGCAGCGAUGAUUCUGGCCUGACAUCUGCCCUUGCAUUCGUUAGUGAAGGACUAGUGGAUAUGGAGCUUAGCAAGAUGUUUGCUCGGAUGGAGCUUGAACUGGCUUUGGAAGCCGGUAAAGAGUUACUCAACUUCACUGUGCCAAUGCCUUCAGUCCCUCUUACCCCGUUCAUGGUUCCAGAGGACUCUGGCUUCACUCUCAACUUUGGAUCUCCUGCAAACUCAACAAUCAAAGGACUAAAGAAGUAUCACAGACCGCGGGCUAAUCAAUACUCUGUCAGCCAACAUACUACCUUUACGGAGAUUCCCUUCCAGUCCUCCCAGGGUAUCACAGACCUUACAUUUUCCAUCAGUUUCUCGCCGGAGAUCCUCUUUGGCAUACGCUCUCCUACCGGGAUUAUCAGUGGCGGAGCAGGCGUGACCUUCAACAUGCCCCAGGCAUCAGUUAAAAUCAGCCAGCUCGACAACGUCGACGAAGCAUGCGAAAUGAUCCCACAUGUCCCAGGGCAAGGAGGCGAUAUGAGCAAGAACGGCAGCCUCAUCGACAGCCUCAUCGGCAACUUCACCCACGUCGAGCCAAGUCUUGAGUUCAACGUCGUUCCCUUUAUAGAGCUGCAACUUGAUCUGCCGCGCGGUGAGUUUCUCCAGCAGCUGGAGGCCACUGUCACUUCUACAGAGCUGAGUCUGCCCACUGCCUGUUUGGCCUUUGACAAGGAGAUGAACACAUACGGUGCUCCAGCCCAGGUGUUGGCGACCCCGACUGCUAAGCCAACUACCACGGCCUCCGAGGCAAAGAAGGCGGCUGCUGUCCGUGUCAGCGUUGCAGGUAAAUGGGCAGUUCUGUGUAUGUCCGUCCUUGCAGCGGUGGUCUUUACUGCUCUCUAG